AUGAGUGCUCAGCCUCUCCUCACAGCAGAGAAGAGAAAGCGAUCCGCUCCAUCUAAAGGGAGAGAAGAGAAGAGACAGAGGAGACAUGACGGCAGGGGAAAAGAGCCUCGGAUCGCCUGCACACACACAGGAGAGCAGUUCUGUAGAGCCUCCAGUCUGUCUGAAGAGGAUCUGCUGCAGAACUUCAACCUCUUCUACAAGACGACAAACAAGGAGAAACAGGACGAAAGCAUCCUCAGGCUCAUGAAUAUCUCACAGCCGAAAAGGCCGCGUGUGGAUCCCAGCGCCGCGCGGAAGGACCGGACUCUCUCAGUCACGUACUUCCUGCUGGGGAAAGGCAGCAUGGACAAGGUUCCUGUCUGCAAAGCGUCUUUCAUCAGUGUGCUGGGUAUCUCUAAGGACAGAGUGGCGCGAGUGUGUCAGUACUUUGCAGCACACAGCGCCCCGAGACCAGAGCUACGGGGCGGAGCCAGGAACGUGGAGGAGAACCAAGCGAAGCGAGACAGCAUUCGGCAGCAUAUCUCCCAGUUCCAGCGCCGGGCGUCUCGCCGUGUUUGGGAGGACGCCACUGGACGUCUGUCUCUACCUGCUGAUUUGACUAUUGCAAAAAUGUAUGCGCUUUUUAAAGAGAAAAACACACAGGCCCAGAUUUCAUACGGCCUUUAUUACUCCGUUUUCAAGACUGAUUUUAAGCUGGGAUUCGGGUCAGCGGGCGGCGAGGUGUCUCCAGCAUGUCAGGGCUUCGAGAUGAAGAAGGAAAGGCCGCAGAUAUCAGAUGAGGAAGAGGAAAAAACUGCACAGGCGGAAAGCUAGGAGCUCCUGUGCUGCCGAAAACCCCAGCGGGGGAAAGGCAGUGUUUAAGAAAGCUCUAGAAGUACGUGCUCGGGGUCGAGCACCACCAUGACGAGGGCUUGUCCCAAACAUAAAAAGAAAAUUUGUUGUAAACGUGAAAAGACAAGAACAAUGAAAAGAGUAACGUGCUGUCGAUUUGAUUUUAUUGGAGUUCUUGGGGGGCCAGUAGUUGCUGGUUAGAUUCGAUUUAACAGCACUGAUGUUUAAAG